AGGGAAGAGGUUAGUUAUGGGGAUCUUCCUUCAGAGCUAUAUCCUGUGAGGUAGGGCAUGCUGGGGUCCUUUUCUGCUUUGGCACUUAAGACUUGGAAAAUGUGACUGCAUUAAGAUGACUGAAGAACUGAUUUUCUGGUCUCACCUAGUUGCUUUGGCUGCAGUAACAACUAUGUCUAAAAUGAAGUACUGAGGACAUCCAUUAAAAUGAUGAUUUGUAAUUCAGCUCUGAAAUUAUUGAAGCUUUGGGGAACUAAAAGGUGCAGUGAGAAAUAAUGAAACUCAAAAAGGAGGAUUGAAUUAUAAACUUUUUCCUCUCCUUCUCAUCCGGCCUACAACGAACAACAUCAGCUGGCUGCCACCUGACAUGACAUCCCUUCUCAUCCUCUGCUGACAUCCAGGCAUACUGUGGAACAGCACCGGAGACUAGAAAAGAUGGCACUGAGCAUUUGUGAAAUGAAUGUUCGUCAUUGCUUGCUGAAUGUCUGACAGAGCUGGAGGAAGGAAGAACUGAAAUCUGAUACCUGAUCCUAGGCCCAUUUCUCUAGACCUGUUUCUCUUUGGAGCUGUUUGCAAAGGCAGAGCAGUAAGCCUGGGACUACGGUGCUGUUUUCAGAAGACCAAGACUGGCUUGAGCCAGUGACACUUUCUGCUGCCACUCCUGCUUACUUUCGAGGAUUCACAUUGAUUGCCCUCAAGGAGGGUAAAGAAGGUGACAAAGAAGACGACCAUGCAGGAACAUUUCAGAUUAUAGAUGAAGAAGAAACACAGUUCAUGAGUAAUUGUCCUGUUGCUGUUACUGAGAGUACACCUAGAAGGAGGACCCGCAUUCAAGUUUUUUGGACAGCCCCUCCUACCGGUACAGGCUGUGUUAUUCUGAAAGCCAGUAUUGUGCAGAAGCGCAUAAUUUAUUUUCAAGAUGAAGGUUCCCUCACCAAAAAAAUUUGUGAACAAGACUCAGCCUCAGAAGGUGUGACUGACAAACCAAUUUUAGAUUGUUGUGCCUGUGGAACUGCCAAAUACAGGCUAACUUUUUAUGGAAACUGGUCAGAAAAAACACAUCCGAAAGAUUUUCCACGACGAACCAACCAUUGGUCGGCAAUCAUUGGUAGUUCCCACUCGAAGAACUACAUCCUUUGGGAGUAUGGAGGAUAUGCUAGUGAGGGUGUCAAACAAGUUGCAGAGUUGGGCUCCCCAGUAAAGAUGGAAGAAGAAAUUCGACAGCAGAGCGAUGAGGUUUUAACAGUCAUCAAGGCAAAAGCACAGUGGCCUGCCUGGCAACCGCUAAAUGUGAGAGCUGCUCCCUCUGCCGAGUUUUCUGUUGAUAGGCAUCGGCACCUGAUGUCCUUCCUCACCAUGCUGGGGCCCAGCCCUGACUGGAACGUGGGCCUCUCAGCUGAAGACCUCUGUACCAAGGACUGUGGCUGGGUUCAGAAAGUCAUUCAGGAUUUGAUCCCGUGGGAUGCCGGCACAGACAGUGGUGUUACCUAUGAGUCUCCCAACAAACCUACAGUUCCUCAAGAGAAGAUCAGACCACUUACAAGCCUAGAUCACCCUCAAAGUCCAUUUUAUGAUCCAGAAGGAGGCUCUAUCAAGCUGGUAGCCAGAGUGGUAAUUGAGAGAAUCGCACGCAAGGGGGAGCAAUGCAAUAUUGUACCUGAUAACAUAGAUGAUAUUGUGGCAGAUCUAGCACCGGAAGAAAAAGAAGAAGAUGACACCCCCGAGACCUGCAUAUAUUCAAACUGGUCUCCAUGGUCAGCCUGCAGCUCUUCUACCUGCGAAAAGGGCAAGCGGAUGAGGCAGAGAAUGCUUAAAGCUCAGCUGGACCUCAGUGUGCCCUGUCCAGAUACGCAAGAUUUUCAGCCAUGCAUGGGUCCGGGCUGCAGUGAUGAAGAUGGUUCCACUUGCAUGAUGUCUGACUGGAUUACAUGGUCCCCCUGUAGUGUUUCCUGCGGAAUGGGAACGCGAUCUAGAGAGAGAUACGUAAAACAAUUCCCUGAAGAUGGCUCUAUGUGCAAAGUGCCUACUGAAGAGACGGAGAAAUGUAUUGUAAAUGAGGAAUGUUCCCCCAGCAGCUGCCUUGUCACAGAGUGGGGCGAGUGGGAUGAAUGCAGCGCUAGCUGCGGAAUGGGAAUGAAAAGACGACACAGAAUGAUUAAGAUGACCCCCGCCGACGGAUCCAUGUGCAAGGCAGAAACCACAGAGGCAGAGAAAUGCAUGAUGCCUGAAUGCCAUACUAUUCCCUGCCUACUGUCUUCUUGGUCUGAGUGGAGUGACUGCAGCGUAACGUGUGGCAAGGGCAUGCGAACCCGGCAGAGAAUGCUGAAAUCUGCUGCUGAGCUUGGAGACUGCAAUGAGGAACUGGAACAAGUGGAAAAGUGCAUGUUACCUGAAUGCCCUAUUGACUGCGAGCUGACUGAGUGGUCGCAGUGGUCUGAGUGCAACACGUCCUGUGGGAAGGGCCACAUGAUCAGGACCAGAAUGAUUACAGUGGAGCCGCAGUUUGGAGGAACGGCAUGCCCAGAAACGGUGCAACGCACUAAGUGUCGUGUGAGGAAAUGCCUGCGAGGCCCAGGUAUGGAAAAAAGGCGAUGGAAGGAGGCCCGGGAGAAAAGGAGAAGUGAACAAGCGAAAAAAACUAUAGAUAGUGAGCAAUACCCAGUUUGCAGACUGAAACCGUGGACUGCUUGGACAGAGUGUUCGACACUGUGUGGCGGCGGGAUUCAGGAACGCUACAUGAUAGUGAAGAAGAGGUCCAAAACAACUCAGUUCACCAGCUGCAAAGACAAAAAGGAGCUAAGGGCAUGUAAUGUUCAUCCUUGUUAGCAAAACAGGUGGCUUCCAAGUGACGCAGUCUGAGCUAAAUGGAAAGUCAACCUUGGUCUGGUUUUUAAAACAAAAAAAAUAUAUAAAGUGUAUAUUAGUUUUCAUUUUUGCAGUGUGGUUUGCUUUUUAGUCUUGCUGGUGCAAGAAAUGUAUUUUAUAAAUAUUUCCUCACAGAUUUAUGCUGAGAGUAGAUCUUUGAUACUCCAGCUAGCCCUUAAUGCAUAAAACUAGUAUGUCGUUGUGAAUCAUUUACCUGAAAUACAGACAUAUCUGUGGACAUGGAAUAGCCAUAUAGAAAUACUACUUGUAAAGACAUGGGAUGCAUGCAUAUUAACAUAACUAAGUUAAAGUGGCAUGUUUCAUAUGUGGAAGGAUUGCUCUCUUGAUUUGAUUUCAAAAAUCCAAAGCGGUGCCUAUGUGAUUACAUAACUAUGCCAAGGAAUAAUUUCAGUAAUGCUGGUUCAAGAAUUUUAAAGGUGCAUAUUUAUCUUUUCACACUAUUGGGUUAAACUGACAGUUAUAAUAAUUAUCCUAUAUAUUUUUCUUCCAAUGGAUGUUAUUAUCCAUUACAAAAUGAUCUUUGUUUCUUUAAAAAUUAAAAAAGAAAUAAUUUGUGCAGCUUAGUAAUGAUGUCUGCCCACUGUAUAGUCAUAGUCUAAAUAGCACACAGAGAAAACAUCUGAACAUCACUAUGUAUUUAGAUGCCGUAAUAUUCUAUUUGGUCCAUCCACUGCCUCCCAAAAUGGAUACAGAACUAAUAACAUUGGUCCAAAUGUGGCCAGCUGCAAGAGUUGUGUCAUGGAAGGACUUCCACAGGGGAGAGAGUAAAAUUAGCUUUCGUUUAGUAAGGAUAUUAACCACAGGAAAAGAGAGAAAGAGGUUUAAAAAAUAAUAAAAAUAAUGGAGAAAAGGUGAGCCAAGUUCUCAUGCAUCCCUUCUAGCAAAGGGAGGGGAGUCUCUGAAAUGAAACAAAGACAGACUCUUCAAAUAUUAAUUACAGAUUGCCACAAGAAUUUAUUUACAGCAGUAAGCGUCAUUUAUGUUUUCUACUCAGAGUGUAGGAAGAUCUAAAACCCACUAAAUUUAUGAGAAUUGCAGGACUGUAGUCUGUAGAUACAGUACCCAGGAUAAAUGUCUUCCCUUAACACCUUGUCUAUCAACAAGCUGCCUGAGAUUAGAAAAUACCUCCUUAGCAGUCCUAACUGCUCUUGCUAUUUUACACCUGCUUCAGCAAAAUUUAGCUCUCAUCCCUAUUGGUAAUCAGGUAUAAGACUAGAGAGCCUCCCAUGCUAUUGGAAAUAUACUGUCUUGAAAGUAAGUUUAACAAUUUAACAUUUAAGAUGAGAGAUAAAGGUGAUGGGUUAUCUUUUUGUCCAGUACAGACAGCAUACACCUAUGUCUCUACAUAAAUAAUAAUAAUGCACUGAAAAUAAAGACUGUUGAUGAUAACACUUAAAAACAAGUUUGAGAGAAAUGAAUGGAAAAAAAAUAUUUUAUAGUCUCUUUAAACCAGCCUUAAAUAAUUUACUCAUGUCUUUAACACUUGACCACAAUUCUCAUAACCUCACACCCAGGUUUUACAUGUCUGCAUCUCAUUUGAACCACAAGCCACUUCGGCUAUUCCACAUUUAUCAUCACUACGCCAGGAAUCCUCUCCUUACCUCCCCAUAUCUAGAUGGUACAGAGUCAGCGGCUGCUUGCAGUCCACUGUAGGGCUCCUCUUCAUCAUUUUUUCCACCGAACACUGCAAGGGCUGCUCAGGAACUGCACGGCUGUUGCAUCCCACCCCCUCAUAGCUUUUUACAGCUUUUUUAGACCUGGAAGGAGGGGAGGCGAGUGAAAUGAUGGACCCAACUGCAGUGCUUAGCCUCUCCUGCCGCUGCUAAGUGAUAUGGGCGCAAGCCUGUAGUGAACCAAACAGGAGGGGAUUUAAAAAAAAAAAAAAAAAAAAAGGUUUAAUGCUAAAACCAAACACUUUACAUUUUGCACAGCUUGGCUCAUGUAAUAAUAGUAAUUCAGCUAGAGUGCCUCCUUGUUCCUGUUGAAAAAUUCUGCAAUAUAUGUCUCUGUAGCACUGACAUUACAGUGUACCAACAACUAGACUGCCCCUAACUAAUAUAUUUAUGAUCUUACCUUGCACAUUACCUUUUAUUUUUGGACCAAAAAGACCAGAUCAGUGGAAUAAUACAGAUACUAGAGCAAUGACCAGCCAAGCAUGUCAGGUGAAGAAACAGUUGCAGAGAAAGGCUACAGCAAUCAAGGCCAGGCACUCAGCAAGGGCAGAGCUACGUAUGCAAAGCGAGAUCCAUAGACCAACCAUCUCUGCGUGCCUUGCUUGUUAAGUCUGACAGAGGUACACCAGCUGAGGGUCAUCAUUAAAAAAAUAACAGCUUAGGCUAUGAAUCUGUGACAGACAGUAGAAGAAGCAAGUAUCUCUUCAAUGCAAAAAAAAAAAAAAAAAAAAAGACUUUACGAACUGUUUUAUCUCCUUAAUCCAUACCACUUGUUCAUGCUAAUCUUGCAAGACCAUGCCUGCUUCUGUAAAUAAUCAAUUAUAAUACUAAGUUAGCUUCAUUUUUCAUGUGUGUUUCAGUUCAUCGCGUUCUUUUGUCUUUUUAAUUAUUCCCUUUACCAAAGUCUACAUAGUCCAAAUAAGUACUUUAGGAAUGUCUGAAAUGUGUAACAUUUUUUUGAACAUGCCCACAAAAAUGUCCAUUAAAAAUCUGGUAUUCCUUUCACUGUGGUUCUUACCAAUUGACUCUCCAUGUACUUUAUUUUCUCUUAGUUAGGAGGCUGUUCAGUGUGAUUUCCAGUCAUUUCUCUUAGGCUCAUUAAAGUUAUGAAUGUUGGAUUUUUUUUUUUCCACCUUGUUAAUACAUGCAGUGACAAAGUAGAUUGCACUUGGUCAGAAAUGUGUGAUCAUUCCUGCCUAGGUUCAGCUUUUUACACUGUUUUUCUGUUGAAACAUUUUACAAAGGUCAUUUGUUGUUUUUCUUCCAACUUGAUACAAAAAAUAUUUAAGCUUGUUACAUUUUGUAAAAAAAAACAAACAAAAACAAAUGAAGAAAAAAAUAAGAGGUUGAUUUUCUAUUCAGAAAAAAAAGCUCUGAUAGACAAUAUGUAGAAGUAUUGCAUUGUUGCUUUAAACUUUCUAGUAGUGUAAUAGCCACUGAUUAUCAGUCAAUAAAAAUGAGAACUGUUAUCUCUACUAUCUCAUAAAUAAUACUGCUGAACUGAAAGCACAGAUAUCACUCCAAUUUUGUAGACCUCAAGUAUCAGAUUUUAGCAUUGUGUGUAUGUUAUUUUUUUUCUAACGUACGAACCGUAGAAACUUUACACAUAAUAAAACGAAGAAAAGUUAGGGGCUUAACAAAUGUACAGUAGGAUUCUGUGUGCAGCAUACAAUUUAAAACAAAAUUUGGUUUGAUUGCAUUUUUAGAUUUCCUUCGUUGUUUUUGUUUGCUGUGGAAGUAUGAAAAAGCUACCAUGAAUAUUUCUUACCAAAGUCUUGUGUAGAUGUUUUGUAGCUGUCUGGCUAACACAUUAUUAUUUUGGAAUAAAGACAUCUUUACUAUGAAAUUUA